UUUUUUUCAUUACAACAAAAAAAAUCGACGAAUCUGUUCAAAGAACUUUGCUUCAUAUUUUCAUCAUUGAAUAAAAACAUAUGAAAUAUCACUUUAUGUAAUAUAUUAUCGUCGAAAGGAAUUAAAAUGAUCAUAUGAAGACGUCGAUAUAGACUAGGCACACGGGGAAUUUCCCCCAGUUAUUAUCGCAUGUGGUUAUUAACAAGAGGAGGAAUAUCAGUUUUAGCACACUCGAGAAGGGCAUCAUUUUCCGGAAGUCGUAUUCCUCGGCCUCGUGCGGUCUCUGGAGCCUUGAGAGAUUUACUAAAUCCGCUGCAAGAAAUAAAAAGCUUCAAGAUGGCUGCAACAGGGGAACAAAGAUGGAACUCGGAUAGUGCAGCUCUUCGCGAAGAAAUCUCAAAGGCAAAACACAUCGUGUUUAUGACCGGUGCUGGAGCUAGUGCCGAGAGUGGAGUACCAACGUUCCGUGGAGCGGGAGGGUUUUGGCGGAAGUGGCAAGCGCAGCAACUUGCCACUCCAGAAGCAUUUCAGGAUAACCCUUCUCUGGUUUGGGAGUUCUACCAUUACAGACGGGAAGUGAUGAUUACCAAACAUCCAAACAAGGGCCACAUUGCUAUUGCAGAUUUUGAGAAACGUCUAAGUAAGCAGGGUCGAAGAGUAGUAGUCAUCACCCAAAAUAUAGAUGAACUUCAUCGACAAGCUGGUUCAACCAAUCUUAUAGAGAUGCAUGGAUCUCUCUUUAAAACUCGCUGUCUGAAGUGCCAGCAUGUUGAAGAGAAUAGGAACAGUCCCAUUGUCCCUGCCUUGGCUAAUAGAGGUGAGCCUGAUGUUGAUGCAGAUUCAUCUCGCAUACCCGAGGAUCAGUUACCAAGAUGCUCUCAGCCAGGCUGUGAUUCUAUAGUGCGCCCUCAUGUGGUGUGGUUUGGUGAAUCAUUAGGUAUGGAUAAUUUGUUGGCAAUUGAACAGGAACUGGACACCUGUGACCUGUUCAUGGUGGUUGGCACAUCAUCAGUGGUAUACCCAGCUGCGAUGUAUGCCCCAAUGAUGGCUCAGAGAAACGUUACUGUGGCUGAAUUUAAUCUGGAAGAGACCCCUUCUACAUGCAUCUCCAAGUACCAUUUCCAUGGGCCGUCUGGAACUUUCCUGCCAGAGAUCCUUGCCAGACAUCCCAGUGAACCAGCGGAAUGAAAUAUAGCGGUUUGAGACUGAAUACUGACCUGUAGGUUAAGAUACUUAUAGCUGUGUUUCUCUGAGUGCCAAAUUCUUUUGACUUUGGCCGUGUUUAUGCUUCCACUUUUCAGGCCAGAAUCAGCGUUUCCAAACGUGAUUAGUCCAAA